AUGGAUGGCAUCGAAAAGCAGCCAGAAUUAAAAAAUUUGGCAUCUGACAGUAAAUGUGGGUCUAUUGAGAACACUCGAGAUAAUAUUCGUACAAGAGGAUAUCUUCCGAUAGAGAAUUAUGGCCUAAUUGGAAAUUUACGGACAGUCGCUAUUUGCGGAACUGACGGCUCAGUUGAUUUUUUCUGUUAUCCAAAGUUUGAUAGUCCCUCGUUAUUUGCGCGUUUAUUGGAUAGCGAAAAGGGAGGUCAUUUCUCAAUUACACCAACAUCACACACCAGCAACAAACAACAAUAUCUACCAAACUCCAAUAUACUAUGCACGAGAUUUCUAUCUGACGAAGGAGUCAGUCAAAUAAUAGACUACAUGCACAUCCCAGAAAAAAAUCAACGACUUAACCUAAAACCACUUCAGCCAUGGCACGUAAGAAUCUUGGAAGUGGUACGCGGACAAGUUGACUUUCAAUUGGAAUUAUUUCCGGCCUUUAACUACGCCCUAGACUCCCACACGACCGAAAUUGUUGACUACACGGUAGAUACUUCAAAUGUUCACGAUAUUUUUGAGGAGGAAGUCCCGUCGUUAUUCGUUGUCGGUGAAAAACGUGUUUGUUUCGACUCGAAAGAUUUGAAAAUUGACCUGAGGUUCACGUAUAAACAUAGUGACAUCGGUGAAGAUGAUUUUCCGAAACUUGACUUGAAGAUUGUUAAUCGGGAUCAUUUCAAGGGACCUGGUGUCGUUGCGGAAUUCACGCUAAAAGAAAAUCAACAGAUCAUUUUUAUUCUUCGUGAAAUUCCUGAUACGGUGAAUUCGAGAGCUUAUCAGAAAAACUUGCCUUUGAGGUUUAUCGAUCCGCCGUUAUCGCUGCCAUUAAUGAAAGCAUUGUUUCGUCAGACGGUAAAGUUCUGGCAGGACUGGAUUGCUCAGUCUCGUUAUAAAGGUCGUUGGCGAGAGAAUGUUAAUCGCAGUGCGUUGACUUUAAAAUUAUUGACAUAUGAACCGACAGGGGCUGUUGUUGCAUCUCCUACAUUUGGUCUACCUGAAGAGAUUGGCGGUCCUCGGAAUUGGGAUUAUCGCUACACUUGGGUACGGGAUAGUGCAUUUACGGUAUACGCGCUAAUGCGUCUUGGGAUGACCGAUGAAGCUAAACAUUACAUGCAAUUCAUGGAGAAAAGAUGUUUAGACUUAAAUGAAGACGGAUCGUUGAAUAUAAUGUAUAGUAUUGAUGGAGAAAAGAGAUUGACCGAAAUGAGCCUUGACCAUCUUGACGGUUACCGUGGUUCGCGUCCCGUGCGAGUCGGGAAUGGAGCCUAUGAUCAUAUCCAACUAGAUAUUUAUGGUGAAUUAUUGGAUGCAAUAUACCUUUACAAUAAAUAUGGGACACCGAUAUCCUAUGAUUUAUGGGUGAGCAUAAGAAAAUUAACCGAUUACGUGUGCAAUAAUUGGGGGAUGGAUGAUAUGAGUAUUUGGGAGGGACAACGACAGCGGUGGAUAGACACUCGCGACGAAAUCUAUGAAGAAAUAAUGCUUAAAGCGUGGAACCCCAAACGUGAAAUAUUCACGCAAUCAUAUGAGUCUUUUGAUGCGUUGGAUUCGGCGGUGUUGAUUAUGCCGUUGGUGUUCUUUAUUAGUCCGACUGAUCCGAGGUUCUUGAGUACUAUUAACAAAAUAUUGUUGCCACCUGAGAAAGGUGGUCUGUUAGUCAAUAACCUCGUAUUUCGAUAUAAUUAUCUUACCACAGACGAUGGCUUAGGUGGUAUGGAAGGCUCGUUCUCCAUGUGCACAUUCUGGUUAGUCGAAGCGCUAACACGCGCCGGUAAAUAUGACUCGAAUUUACUCGAUCGUGCCGAAUUCAUUUUUGAACAGAUGAUUGGGUACGCGAGUCAUUUAGGACUUUUCUCCGAAGAGAUUUCGCGGUCGGGCGAAUUGUUAGGGAAUUUCCCGCAGGCAUUUACGCAUAUUUCGUUUAUUAGCGCUGCGUUUAAUUUGGACCGUGUGCUUAACGAAAAAUAA